AUGUCAAAAAAGAGAUUGGAUCGUUUGGAUGCUGGAUAAUGUUCUACUGAUCGCAGUCAUCAUAAAAAUAACAACAGCACUGAUCUCAAUUUUGUAAAUCCUUUAUUUACUCUUAUUGUAGACUCUCCAUUAGAGAUUGAAUAGCAAUGUUGAUGAGUAACUACAAUCCAAAAUUACAUUCUUUUCUAAAUUCAAACAAAAGGACUUGCCUCAAGUCAAUGAUUCUCUGUAAGGAAUGGCUCAAACCUUAUCUAAAGUCUCAUUCAAUGAAAUUCAGCAUCAUCAAUUACAAAGAGAAUAUGAAAAGAUCAAAACCGAAUUAGCUUAAUUCAGAGCUUAACAAAUCAAAUUAUACUCUACUAUUACUAAAUUAUAAAAAGACAAUCAAACACUAAUGGAGAAAUUAAAGUUUUAUGAUGAAGAAAAACUUAAUUUAUAAAGAAAAAUUUAAAUUGAACAGAAGUAAAACGAAGAAUUAACUAAAAAACUUAAAAGAUCUGAACAACGAAUCUAAAUUAUUCUGGAAUCCAAUAUCAUCUUCCAAAAAGAUCAAAUUAAAACCACACUCUUAGACACUCUCCAUGAAAAUGAGCAUUACAAAAUGGAAGCCAUUCAAAAACAAAAGGAUUUACAGAAGUAUUAUAUAAUUAUCAAUCGUAGACUCUAAAUUAAUAAUAGUAAUCUUAAUCAUAAAUUAAAUCGACUCACCAAUCGAAUCGUUGCAGCUCAAAGACACCAAACAGAAUCUGAGUUCAUUGAUCAAGAUAAAAUGGUCAUCACUUUCACUGAAAUCCCAACUAACUUCAUCUUCAGGCACAUCUUCCAAAAUAUAGAAUGCAAAUAAUUCAUAUCAACAUCACUUGAAUAAACUCCAGAAUAAUUUGGCUCCCACUUCAAUCUUAUACCUUAGGAUCAAAAGAAAAUCCAUUUAAUUUGGCUAUUCAAUCAUAUGGUGAAUUAUCGCGAGUUCAGUUAACAGCAUAACAAUUUCAUAAUUAAAUUGACUGAUUUGAUAGUCAUUAAGUAUUUAAACUACUAAAUUAUCACUAGAACAUAUCCAGAUUUAUAUUCCUUCAUCUAAAACAUGUCCUAGUUCUUAAGAGUAUAAAGACUAACACUUUGGCUUAGAGAUUAUUGGACUGGGUUUUUUGAAACAAUAUAGGAAGGACAGUCCUAAAAAAUCAUCUGCUCUAAAGGGUCAUUUAAAGAUUGCUUAGAAUAACGAGAAGCUGUCAAUAGUAAUAGAAUUCUUUAACAUUAGAACUCACUGCACAAAGACACCUCCUAUAUCAGGAUAGCAAGGGAGAUGACAUUUAUCAAGAGAACACUUACCUAUAUCCCUUAAUUACAGACACUGUACUACCUGCUGGCCUUCUUGAAGUGUUCCAACCUACACAAAAUAACUCUUAUUCAGAUAUCCAAUACUUUACUUCUUUAUUAGGUACUUUUGUAAAAAUUGUUGUGUAAAAAAUUGAAAAUGAAAUUGUCUUGCAAAAUGUGGCCAAACAAAAAGACAUUCUAAUAGGUCAAUUCUUAUGUUUGAUGUAGUCAAAUGACAAGCUAUAAUUCACAAUCUCAGUAAAGGAAAUGCAAUCUAAACUCUUACAAAUUUCAACUUGUGAAAUUAUCUUUAUAGAAAAUAAUCAAAUGUUCAAAUAUAAUCGUUAAGGUUUAUAAUCUAUUAGCUGCAUUGCAGGAGUUUGUGGUCAGAUUGCAUAAGAUUAAAAACCUGCCUUCUUUUCCAAUCUCACAAAAUAAGUACAUUAUAAUCAAUUGAUUGAUAUGUAUACACUUGCUCCAGUGUAUGUUUAUCCAAUCUUAAGGGGUAAUGAAUGCAAAGCUGUUAUUGAAUUAACAUUGACUAAUAAACAAAUCGAUCGUCAUCGUUUUAGAGAUCCAUUGACUAGUUUGAACUAAUAAUCUAAUUAAGCUCGGAUGUUCUGUGAAUGUGUGCAAACAGCCUAUCUAUGCAAAUUUAAUUGA